AUGACAAACCGUAAGCGGGACAGGACGCCUGAAGACCGGGACCCACACCCCUCUCGUCCUCCUAACCGCUCGCGUUCAUCCCCACCUUUUGCAACCCUACCGAUUCAACAGCCACCUUUACGCCCACCCACAGCAGCAUGUGCAGCCUUUGCACGUCGUUUCAUUCAAGGCGACUGGCUUUCUCUCUUCAACGAAGCUGUCGCUGCUGCCGUUCCAGCGUCUCGACCGCACAGUGUCUCAUCCGCCCGGUCCACAGCCACGUUCGCCCGACUGAACCGAGCCAAACGAUUCGCGCAUUGCGGGGACUGGUCGCGUUCCCUUGCCGCUUUAGAAGCUGGCGAGCUUGCCCCACCGACCCCUGAAACUGUUACUGCGCUUAAGGCCAAGCACCCUCCUACUACUGAAAAACUUCCAGACUGGCUGUCCGACUUCUCGCCUUCGGAAGUGCCUCAGCUCACCAUUCCACUUCUUCAUCAGGCCUUGCGUUCAGCCCCACGAGGCACAGCUGCUGGCCCUUCGGGGUGGCUUAUCGAGCAUCUUCGCGACACCUUCCUCUCGUACCAGACUCAUCUGCCGCAUCUUCUCCGCCUGUUCCACAAUUGGCUGCAAGGCGACCUCCCGCAAACAGUUCGACCUUACUUCACCGCAUCUAAUCUUGUUGCCCUCCAGAAGCCGCAUGGAGGGGUCCGCCCCAUCGCCAUCGGCGAGAUACUGCCGCGCCUGCUGUCCCGUUGCGUUACUCUUCACUUCAAGCAGCAGAUCCGGGACUUCUUCCUUCCCUCCCUACAAUUUGGGGUCGCUGUCUCCGCAGGGAUCGAGGUUAUGGCCCAUGCAGUCCAGUCGGCCCUCUCCCUCCACCCAGAGUGGGUUGUGCUGGAACUGGAUGUUGCCAACGCCUUCAACUCCUUCAGCCGUUCCGCUAUGUUCAACGCCCUGCGAGACUCCCCAUUCUCCAGCCUCAUCCCUUUCUUCCGCCUCUUCUAUGCCUCCCCCUCUUCUCUCCAUUACCGCAGCGGCCCAUUAAUCGAGACACUGCAGUCAUCAUCGGGUGUUCGACAGGGUGACCCAUGCGGGCCUUUCUUGUUCGCCCUCACCCAGCACCUAGCCAUUCGCCCCAUCCAGCGUCAAUCUCCAGCUCUUUUCAUCUCCUCCUACGCAGACGACACGUACAUGGUCGGUCCUGCGCAUGACGUGUUUCCUGCCUACACAGCGCUUACAGCCCGUCUCAAUGACCUGGGCCUGAGGGUGCAACCAUCAAAAUGCUCCCUCUGGGCCCCUUUGGACCUCCCUUCGGACCUCACACCUCCAUCAGACAUCAUCAUUGCCCCUAACGGUCUCACGGUUGCAGGAGUGCCUAUCGGAUCGGACACCCACAUUAUCUCCACAGUUCGAGACAAACUGCACUCUUUCUCUUCAUCACUGCCUCUCCUACAUGACCUUCAUGAUCCACAGACUGCCUCCCGCCUCCUUACUCUCUGCAUUUCCGCCCGUCCCUCAUUCCUCCUCCGCACAGUUGCACCAUUUCCCGAGGUAGAAGAGCUUUACACUGACUGGGACAACACCUUGCUGGACCACUUUGUUCGCCUCAUCGGCUCUGACUACUGGCCUCCUGCGUUUGACCACACUGCCACAGCACACCGACAGCCAUUCCUUCCCAUCCGCCUCGGUGGGUUCGGCCUCCGUUCUUCAGCUGCAACUGCUUCUCUCAGUUACCUAUGCAGCUGGGCACAGACAGUUUCACUCCUCUCGUCAUGCUUCACCAUUCAUGGCUCCCCUAUUUUCCGUCCCUUCAUCGCUUCAGACACCAUGGACCGCCUUGACCCAUGCAUUCCCACAGCCAUGUCCAAACUUCAUCCUUCCAUUCGGCAGCACUUCCCUACCUGGCCCGCACUUCACGCUGGCUAUCCACAGAAGCUAUAUUCCUACCUUUCACAGCACUUGGAGGCUGUCAUGCUCGAGCGCGUGCGAUCCACAACCCUUCAGUCGUCUCUCACGUCCUCCGCUGCCCAUCCUCUAACGAGCCUACCAGGGUCCACGACGCCAUCAAGCAUGAGGUUCAUCGCAUCACGUCCGAGCUUGGUUACGUCGUACAACUGGAGGACUCCCACCUUCUUUCAGGACGUCGCCCAGACAUCAGCUGCCGUGACAUCAGCUCUGGGACUACGUGGGCAUUAG